GAAAAUUCAAAAACAUGUAUCUAUAUUCAUUGAAACUUUAAUUUAAAUUUGAAUAAGCAAUAACAUUAACACACGAGAAUUAAUUUUUACAGGUGUUGGCAUCUCUUCGAGUUCUGUCCAAAGGAGACUUUCAGUCUGAGGCUGCUGACAUACAUGGUAUUUCUCAACCCUCGUUCAGCAGAAUGUUUAUGGGAGUAGUUGAUGCCCUGAAUGCCAGCCUUGACAACAUCAUUUUUCCAAUGGGGCAAGAGGAAAUUCUUCGGACAAAGGAGGAAUUUUUGAGGGUGGCAAACUUCCCCAACAUAGUUGGUGCCAUUGAUGGAACUCUGAUUCCAAUCAUGGGAAUGACUGGAGACGAUGAGCAUGUUUUUGUGUGCAGGAAAGGAUUUCAUGCCAUAAAUAUGCAGGGAAUCGUGACGGCUGACCUGAGAUUUACAAACAUCGUUUGCAAGUAUGGGGGUGCCACACAUGAUGCAUACAUACUUGCAAACUCGAGCAUUCCCGAGAUAAUGGACCAGCUGCCAGGUGGAGGAUGGCUUUUAGGGGACAGUGGCUACCCCCUUCGUCCAUGGCUAAUGACUCCUUUCCUCACGCCCCAAGCAGGACAACAGGAGAAGUACAAUGCCAGUCACAUCAAGACAAGAAACUGCGUUGAGAGGGCUUUUGGUGUCCUUAAGUCCAGAUUUCGAUGUCUGCACAAAACAGGAGGAGCUUUGGCCUACACUCCUUCAAAAUGUGUAAGGAUCAUCGAAUGUUGCUGCCGCCUCCACAACAGGGCCAUCGAAGACCGCAUUCCAGCACCAGCAACGGGACAAGUACCCAUCUUCUCUGAUAAUGACACUUUCAAUGCUGAAACUAUUGUCAAUGCAAACGCUGUUAACACCAGAAACAUCAUUGUUAGAAGAUUUUAAUUAUUUAGUGGAAUUGUCUGUUUAUUUGAUAUAUUUGCCUGUCCAAUAGUUAGUAAUUUUUGAUAAGUAAUGUGCAACACCCUGUUAAAUGUAGACUGAUAUUUUAAUUAUUCAAAUAAGUGAUAAAUUUUUUUCUGCGUACAGGUCAUUAUCUUUGAAUUGUACAACAGUUAGUACGUUAAAUGUGUUCUAAGACUGAUGUUUUCCAAUUUGUUAUCUAAAAAAUCAUGUUCUACAUUGUCAACUCAAUUAUGGUAAACGAUUUGGUUAUUGUUUUAGAUUUGUUUUAUUUGAUAUUUUUAAAGAGAGAUAUCAUUUAAAGCUGCCAUCUUACUGUAGAAUUGUA